GCUGGGUAGCGGGGCCGGGGCUAGGGUACUCGCGAUCUGCCUGGUCCACGCACUCUCUCCGCAUAUUUCGCGUGCGUGUGAGCACGGAGCGGAAAAUUGCGCUCUCCGCGCGGAGAGGAUCUCGAGAGGGGGAGAGACAGUAACAAUCGUAGAGGCCACAACGCACCCAAGAGCGGCGCGGCGAAAAAAGAAUGAACCAACAACCGCAGGCCCGCGCGCUGCCGAGCUUCUCCGGACUGUCCUUGGCCGUCAACGACGCGCGGGACUACGAGAACAGUCGAGGGUCGAGAAACGGCUCCGAGGUGCAGCAGCAGCAGGACAACAACAGCAGCAGCGCCGCCUCCACCGGCAUCAGCAGCAGGCGCGGCCGACAUGCGUCUCCCACGGAGACUUCCGCGAAUGGGUUCGACGGCGGCGGCAGGAACCUGUCCGGCUCCGGCGGCGGCGGCGGCGGCGGCGGCGGGGUGCCCAGCAGCAGCAAGGCGAGCGGAGCCACGGGCGCCCUGCUGCUGCAGGAUACCUUGUCGCCUCUGCUCGAGGAGGUGGACGCGCUGUUCGAGCGGAGCAAGGACAUCGUCGCUAGCCUCAAGGCCCCCGGCGGGGGAAACAAGCCACAGGAAGACGAUGUGGAGGUGGAGAUCAUGGAGAGAAUGGCAGAGGCGUGGCAGGCCAUCGAGGCCAAGAACGCUAGACACGACACGUCUCACAAGCUUCACAGAGAGAAGCCAAUGUUCUGCAUGGACAGCCUGGGGAAGCGGAUAAAGGCGGCGCUUCUUUGCAAGACCCUUCCGCCGAACGACAACCCGGCCGAGUAUGUGAACGGCUCCAGCAACGCCCCGAGCCGCAACCUCGUGACGGCCAUCAAGCUGGCAGGCUACGUGGUACACUGCGGGACGGGAGGCAAGGUGUCGGCAGUGGACGGUGAUGGCCGCGAGCCCCCGUCCAAGUACACUAAGGAAGAGUUCCACAACAACGUCCUGCCGAGGGCAGCGGAGAACCAGCCUCCACGCAUCUUGAACGAGCUGAGGCAGCUGUCGUGCCGCCUCGUGGCGAGCGGCAUCGCCAAGGGCCUGCUGAAGCAGGAGGAUCUGCCGGAGAUCCGCAAGAUCCUCGUCAGCCGGUUUGAGGACGGCGGGAUGCACUUCCUGGCCGGCGGCGACGCAGCUUUCGCGCGAUUCAUCGGGGUGGCGGCCAACGCUCACAAGCUGCUCGAGCGGGGCGACAUCGACGACUUCGUGGCCUUCCACGAGCGGGUGGUGAAGCUCGUGGGCAUGUGUCGCAACAGGGUGCGUCGCGCCGCGUAUGCGACGUCGAAGAGCAUGCUGGCGCAAGCAAACGGCAACGGCCGCCUCCUCUCCGUCAAGUCGUCAAGCGCGUCUCGCCGCAAGUCCGCGCCGCUGCCGCAACUGCCGCCGCUGCCGCCAUCGCAGCAGCAGCAGCAGCAGCUGCUGCUCCAGCAGCAACAACAACCACCAACGUCGACACCGGGCUUGAUGCCAUGGCGAAACGGAGACCCACCAGUGGCGAUGCCCGCUGCUCCGGGGGUACACGGCCGAGCGCCACCACCACCGGGGCUCCCUGGCCACGGGCAACACGAUGCCCUCACCGCUACCGGCGCAUCCCCCGGAGCUCCCUUCGGAAAGCCGCCGCCGCUGGAGAAUGGGAGCAGCGUGGGGUUCGUGGGGCCGCCUUCUGCUGGCUUCAACAACGGCGGCGCGAUCAUCCGAGCCGCCAUGUCGAUGCUUCCCCCGGGCGGCAUGCCGACCCCUUCGCACGACCCGAACGACCGCUUGCAGCAGCAGCAGCAGCAGCAGCAGCAGCAGCAGCAGCAGCAGCAGCAGCAGCACCAUCAUCACCAGAUGCCGUUUGUCUCGCAAGCCCCGGGCGUGGCGAACGGUGGGGCCACGGCUGCCGCCGCCCCCGCCGCCGCCGCCCCGCCGCCGCCGCCGUUCCACGACCACAACGCGCUUAGCGCCGCCGCUCCCGAGAUCUUGACACAGAUGGGCUACCGGCGGGCACCCGCGUUCGGCCCCGAAGGGAUCUGGGGUGCCAAUGAUGCCGGUGCCAGCGUGGGGGGGGGCGCCAGAGGGCAUUCUGUGGCGCCGCCCCCCCCCCCCGCGGCUGCGCCCGCGGCGAUGCCGGUGGCGCCAGCGGGCGUGGCGCCAGCCGCGGCGCCAGGUGGUGCGGCGGCGAGGGUCGAUUCGCCGCCCGUCCUUGUGCUUCAGCCAGGGUGGGGAGUCACGCUGCCCCCUUACUUCCUGGGCAUGAUGGACCCCAAGCGUCCUCGGAGUGUCCCGGUGAAGAUGCUAUGGGAGCUUCGCGCGGAGCCGCUGCCGGGCGCCGCGGACUCGGUGCUCGUGGAGAUGCGGCAGGUCCCGGGAUACCUCGACUUCUUGGCGGAGAUCAUGCCGGCAGAUAUGCUCAAAUUCCGGUGGUCGCUGCGUUGCUGGGAGACGCUCCAGGGGAAAAACGAAUCACGGGCACUGCUGGAAGAAGCCGCGGCUGCCCUGAGCCACUUGGGGCUCGUCCCAAUGCCGCUGGGUUCUUCCUUGCGCCUAGUCUACGACGACUUUGUGGCCCGCAGAGCAGUGGCAGCGAUCGGGGUGAACAGCGGUAGCAUCAACAGUAACAGCGUCAGCAGCACCAGCACCAGCACCAGCACCAGCAGCACCAACAACAGCAAAAACGUCAGCGUCACCACUACCACCAACCAAAACACUCUACAUUCCACAGCUACCCUCACCCCCACUACCACCACCACAACCGCCGCCGCCGCCGCCGCCGCCGCCGUCCCCAACAACACCGCCGCCAACAACACCGCCGACGCUAACAGCACCAACGCCAGCACGCCCGUAAACCCCGAGACAGCCCGUUCGCACGCGGCUGCCGGCCACGCGGAGGGCGAGGCCCUCCGCGCGGGGUCCGUGGGAGUCCCUCCCGUGGCGGCGGGGGUCCUUCGGGAUCUGCACCGGGAAGGGACCCUCAACGGAGAGGUGUCCAACGCAUGGGGGGCCAGCGGGGACGGCGGGAGGGGUGCGACUAGCUCUAAUCCCAAUUCCAACACGGGGCAGGAGCGUGCCACGAGCGCCCCUCCUGUUCCUUCCCAGCCAGUGACGUCUGCACUGGCGCAGGCACCAGCACAGACCGCCACAACGCCGGUCCCGCCGCCGGCCGCCCCCGGUCCCGCCGCCGGCGCAGAGGGCGCGCCACCUAGCAGCGGGGGGGGGGGUACAAGAGCCCCCGCGGAAUCCGGAGGAGAUGGGGGGAGUGGGGAUGCCUUGCCGGCGGCGGGGGAGAACCAAUGGCUGCCGCUCCACACGCUUCCUUGGCUCCCAUCGAACACGAACAGCAACAACAGCACGGCCGCCGCCGCCGCCGCGGGGCAUUCCAGCAGUAACGCGAGCGAUGCACCCGCGAGCGCGAGUCCGAGCCCAAACAAUACCGCCGGCGGNCGCAGAGGGCGCGCCACCUAGCAGGGGGGGGGGGGGUACAAGAGCCCCCGCGGAAUCCGGAGGAGAUGGGGGGAGUGGGGAUGCCUUGCCGGCGGCGGGGGAGAACCAAUGGCUGCCGCUCCACACGCUUCCUUGGCUCCCAUCGAACACGAACAGCAACAACAGCACGGCCGCCGCCGCCGCCGCGGGGCAUUCCAGCAGUAACGCGAGCGAUGCACCCGCGAGCGCGAGUCCGAGCCCAAACAAUACCGCCGGCGGGAAGCGGAAAGCGAGCGCGGCGUUCUCCGACGGGGGUGGGUCGUCGCCGGCUGUAGACACGGAAUGGUGACAAAGAGGAAUAUUUUUACCUAGGGUUUGUAUGUUUUGUUUUUUUCGGCGAGUCCGCCUGGCAGAGUCGAAUCGGAAGUUAUUAACAGCGGGUGUUGAACGAGCGUCAGGAGUGUUCGGGGGGCGCCAAAACAUUACUCAGUGCCAUGGAACACAAAGAACAAGGGAAGACGUGUUGUCGGCUGGGACGGACAGCGGUGGUCUCAAGCCGUGAACAGGGUACGGCCUGGGACGGUAGCGGGAUGGUGUCUCUUGGAUUUUGGCACGCGCGUUUCGCGAGUGCGUCGACUUUUGUUUGAUGGUACUGCAGUUGGGUGGAUUUUGAUUUCGUCGAGUGGCGACAUCGAGGUGCGCGCGCAUGCGGGCGCCACGCGGUGCCCACUCUCGUCGUCGACUUGAUCGUUGCAUCCGGCAACAGUCAUAGCUCUAGCUAGUUGUCGGGCAGUAGGGGCAGCCAGCUGCACGGUGGAGUGUACCAGUUGUGUAUUUGUUGAUUCGCAAGUUAACGUCUUGUGUUCCCAUAGCGUGAUGCGGGGUUGUUCGGAAAGAGAGUUAAAGAUCGUUCGCUGGUAGCGUUGUCUCUCCCGCAGAAGCGGAAGCAGUAGAGGAGGUUGUUGUCUUUAGUGGGUACACGUAGUUUUUUCUUGGUAUACGUAGUUGGUAGAAGUGACGUUUUGCCUUACAUGUGCAAAGCAUUGCCACGCGGGGCGAUAGGGGAUUGCAUUUAGUUCACGACGAUAAAUAGAAAGGAGAACACCAAGAGAACACGUACAGCGGGGUAUGAUGCCGCUGAAAUUCCCGCCUUGUGCCGUAACAUGUGCUUUUGGGGAGGGGGUGCGUGUGGGAGGGAAUCAAGUCAGUGCCGAGUAGCGCUACCUGCAUUUAUAAUAUGUCGUUUGGGGCCGUAAAACAGGCCAGGUGUUGGGUGCGCAGGGGCGCGCGAAGGUGUUUCAUUGAUGGGGGUCUGAUCAGGCGGGCGCUCGGCUUGAGCAUGACGUAGAAAACAAGGUUUGCGAGGCUCGACAUGGUGUACUAUCUUUUUCGCUUUCAAGGUUUGUGGAAUGCGAAGGGUGACGAGGCCGUAGACUCCUCCCGGGGGUGGGCGCGAGCACCACGCCAGUCAACGUCGCCUUCGCUUCCUCAAGCCUUGGGAUACAUGUUCCGUCGGUUGAGUCGUACGUAGAUGCAUUCCAGCACAUUUUUCAGGUCGAGGUACAAGGUAGAUGGGGAGGGCAUUGACACAUGUCUCUGUCGCGCACGGCCUGUUGUAGUGUUCCACGGUGAAAAUGUAGGGGCAUUCGAUACACGCCGCGCGGAUUGGAGGUUUCAAACCGUGUAGUGCAUGGGGUGCAAGCGUCGCGUGUUGUACUUGGUUUUUUGAACCGUGUGGUGGUGACAUGUUUUAUGGUCGGCCAGACAUAGUACGAGCUAUGCAUGCGCUGUUGUAGUUCGGGCGGCUCUCAUGCGCGUGUAUCUGUCAAUGUCAAUAUCGAUGUAAUG